GCUGACAGACACAGACAUUUUGCAGCAAACAAUGUACAAAAUCCAAAAAAAAACAUCUCAGAGCUGAAUGGAAAUUUAUUGUGAACUAAUUCCUAAUCAAUGAUGUUACGAGUUCGCGUCUGAAAUUCACGUGAUAAUAUAAACCCACAUUAUUAUAAACCAACUACCGCCUACACAGCAUACAAAGUAAUUUACAAUGUUACUUUCUGGAGUAAGACUAAGUAUCCAACGCAUACGAUGAGUAACCGCGACGACCGCGACUGGGUGCCGGUGGCUGCGGGGCUGGCCAUCGGGGUCGGCGUGCUGGCGCUGCUGUACAAGAUGCUCUCGCGUGGCUGCCGCAGCGCCGUCAAGAACAGCUGCAACCAGCAGCAGGGCACGCCGUUUGGGUGCACGUGCUCGAAAUACGCGCCGUGUAAACUCCAUGAUAAGAAGUGAUAAAAGAUCUUUUUAGAAGAAUGUUGUCAAAUUAUGGUGUCGAAAUGUCAUACUGGCAGAAGUUUUGUCAAUGUCAUGGAAACCUAGAGAAAUAUUGUGAAGAAAAAUGAUAACAUAAACAUAGUGGUGUAAAACGAAAUCAAUCAGCCAGCCCGUACAAUGUAUUCUAACAUUUUAUGAAUACUAAAUUGUUAAAGUUCCAAGAUGUGCGAUUGCGCGGAGGAGAAGGCGCGUCGGCAAGCGUUGGAGCGCAAGCGCCUAUUAGAGGAGGGCGACUCGGCGACGUCGCGCGGCGGCAGCUCGGGCAGCGCGCCCGGUGUGUCCUGGUUCUCCGUGCUGGGCGGCACGCUUCUGCUCGCGCUAUUCGCUGUGGCCGUCAAGACAGGAGCAGACCCAGAGGGGUGGGCGAAGCCGUUGUACGUCAUGUUGGGACUCCAUGUUGAGGACAAAGGCCCUUGCGGUAUAAGGAUCGACGACAAAAGACGCAAAUGGCCAUUAGAAGACAAGAAGUACGAAUAGCUCCAAACACGAAAAGACCGCGCAGAUUGAAAAGGAAUAACGUUUUAGUAACAUUGUCCCGAAGAAUAAAUAAUAAACUUACAAAUGUUCCGAA